AUGCCGAGCACGUUGAAUCAAUGCCAAAUAAACAUUUAUUUUCCCUACGGGAAGUCAUCCAGUACCGAAGUCGCUCCAUCCCCUUCGCCCCACAAACCAUACCAGUCCUCCCACCUCACCCUCUAUGACCAUCUCUCAUCCCAAACUCUCGCCACCCUUGAACGCCUCCUCCACUCCUUCGCACACGAACCCUUCCCCGUCGUCCGCCGCGAAUUCGUAGACCGUCACCGAUCUCGCGAACAAUUACAUGGCCAGAGAAACGCCGUGGUUCCUCGCGUAGUCCUCGCAGCCUCCGUUCCGCACCUCUCCGCCCUUUUGUCACACGCGAUCCUCCACGCCCUCAAAUUAAUUUAUUCAACCCUCAACACUCUUCCUUCUCUCCCUGCCUUCCAACUCCCUCGGUUCCCAAACACCAUGACCCUACUCGCCACCUCUUCUCCCUCCCUCUUCGCACACCAUCUCCCCGCCCUCCUUCACUGGCUUCCAGAUCUCAUCCUCCCUAGCGCAGACCCAGGCCCCACACUCACCGUCGCCUGUCCCUUCCCUUCCUCCUCUUCCUCUGUUCCCUCCGGCGCAUUCACAUUCGCACACUCCCCUCCCACUUCUCUGGCGCGGACGACGACCCACAAGACGAACAGGACCUCGAAGCGGAAGAGGGAGUGCUUGGGCGGGAUGGAGGGGAUUGAUAUGCGAGAGGCGGAGUUGGGCGGGUGGUUGGAGGCUGAUAUCGCAGAUGCCCCUUCUGCAUGCACCAAUGUGAAAUUCUUCCUUACACCAGAGAGGACGGCAUUAACUCUCGGUCAGCUUUGUACAGAUCUCGAGCAAGUGAUCCAGGCGGAGUACCACCAACAACUAUUCUCGGUGCUCAUUCCUACGCUCGAGGCUCCCGAAUCGAUGUACUUUUCUCCGCCUUUAUUCUUCUCAUUCUGCCCAAUUUCGCCCGUUAUUUCUCCCCACUUGUUUCGCCCUCCGCAUCAUCCUGACAAUACACUGUUCUCGUACCUCGCUGACUACAAAGUACCCGCUCACGCCGCAGCCGCCCUCAUCAACUUCUGCGAUGGCGUCGAGCGCGACACACUCAUCCCCUACCUUGGUCCUAUCGUCGGGCAGCUGUUCAAACAUCUUAAUCCUGCCAGCCUCUCUUCCACGAACACAGAUGCAAAUGGGGCUGGGAACGAGAAUGGGAUGGGCGUUAGGAGGUAUGUGCAGGAGCAGGUGAUUACGACGUUGGCGAUGGUUGCAGGUGCGAGUGAGGAUACGUUCGCGCAGGACGUUGAGACUCAAGGCGAUGGAGUGUGCCGGGUUGAUCGCGAUCGCGGUGGGACGAGACGUGACAGGCCAGGCUCCCAAGUCUUCGUAGAGCAGUUGAUCAGAAUACAAAACAGCCCAGUUGAUCCCGGCGAUGUCAUGCUCCCUCACUACCUCAUCGCGACGUGGGCGAAGAUCUGUCAGACUAUGGGGCCCGAAUUUGAACCUUUCCUACCUGCGGUUAUGCCGCAGUUGUUGAGGGCUGCGAGUGUGAAGGCGGAUGUUUCGAUUUACGAAGACGAAGACGUCCCAGAAGAUAAAGAAGGACACCAGACGAUCACCAUGGACGGAAAGCAGGUCGUCGUUCGCACUUCCUCCAUCGACGAGAAAUGCCAGGUGUUCGAGACGUUGGUGAUCUACGUUUCUACGCUCGGGACACAGUUCGCUCCCUAUUUAAGUCAGAUGCUCGAGCUUGUGUUGCCGAUCUUGAGGUUCUAUCUGCAUCAUGGUGUCAGGGAGGCUUGUGCGAUCUUAUUGCAUGCAUCGCCAUCGAAUCUGACGCCUCCUUCCUCUCCUCCCUCUACGAUUUUCUCUCUGAUACCCUCUGCAUCCUUGGCGUGUCAGCUUGCGAGUAUUGCGGAGGGUAAAAAACGACGUGCGACGAAACUCAAUGGGUACGGGAACGGAGAAAGUGGUGACGAGUGUGAUAUGCAUGGAGGAGAGAGGGAGGAGUUGGCAUUGGCGGAGGAGAUGGAGGAUUUCGCGUUGGAGAAUGUUGGAAGGUUGAUGGAGAUGUUCGAGGGUUUCGGAGAAGACAUUGGACAGGGUGUGCAAGGGAUUAUGGUCGUGGUGGGCAGCGUGAGAAAUCUUAGGCUGGGGCCGUGGGAUAAUGAGGGGGAGUGUGGAUGGGGAGAUAUGAGCAUAAGUGGCGACUGCGAACAAGAGUGGGGUAUUCUGUGUUGA